AGCAUACCUAAGAGAAGUAAGCGACCAGUUCUAGAAGCCUAGUGAUUUUCUCCUGUAGUGUGUGAGCAUCUGCUCCUUCUUUGGUAAACUGUUGCUCAGGCAUUAAAGCUUUCAACAAACUCACAAACAACAGCAUUUCACUUCCUUUUUCUUUUGGGGGGUUGGGCGUGGAGUGGGGCAGGAACUCUAGCCUCACUCCAACGCUCGCUGCCUAUGUGCUUUUGACUUACCACAUAAGCCCUGGUCUGCUUUGCCACUCUCUCGCCACCUCCUGACUGCUUUAGCACUUUAUGAAUCGAUUUACAGGUUGGUCUGAAUCAUUCAGCCCUGAUAGAGCCCCGCCUACCUUGUAAAGGUCAUGCCUACCCCGGGCUUGUCAAAGCCACUAAAGUUGCACAUCACAGUCCCUUUUGGAUGAACUUGUCACCUGUGAACACAGCUUUACCAGGCUGAGCAAACUACAUAUCAAAUACCACUGGCUCCGUGUCUCGUCUUCUUAGUAGCGUCUGUCCUUCCUGCUAUCUACCAAUCCCUGACGCUCAUGGGACUUCAGGUUGUGACCUUGAGUCCACAUGGUUUACAGCAGCCAGUCCAUCCCGGGCUAGUUUUCCUUGAGUUUCCUCAGGUAAUGCGCUCUGUCUAGAAGAGGUAGGUACUUACUUUCCCAUUCCUAUAACAAUCAUAGGAAUCCCACCUGCCCUGAGUCCUACAGCCUCCGGAGCUAGGCCCUUCCAUCUCGUUUUAAAAGCUUCCCCAAUUCAUAGAGCUCAGAGGGAGAAGACUUCUGAUUCUCGGUUUUCUACACCGGGUAUUAGUCAGGUCAGUUAAAUGCUGGGUCACAGGUUGCUCUGCACAAGGCUAACGGUUGGCCCCAAGACACCAUCAAUCAAUCCCACCUCUCUCUCCAUCUCUGUUCUCUGAAUUUUUCUGUUUUUUUUUGUUUUGUUUUGUUUUUUUAGUUUUGAGUCCCAAGAAGGGCUAAUUUGUGCCCUCCCGUCAGUCCCGGCCCUUAAAGGAAAUGAUUGCCAACAUUUGUGCCUCAUCUCUCACCAUGUCUUCGGCCAAAUCAGAGGCUAAUGUCGUCAGCUCAUCGUGACUUUGCACUGUCGUAUUGCUGUUUCGAGGAGAUACCAUGACCAAGGCAACUAUUACAAGAGAAAGCACAGCUUUUUUUGUGGGGAGGAGCUCAGCUCUGGCAGUGUACCUGAGAGAGCUGCAUCCUUAUCCACAGGCAGAGAGGCAGGCAGGCAGGCAGGCAGACAGACACUGGCCCGGCUUGGACUUCUGAAACCUCAAAGCCUACCCCUACACACUUCCUCCAACAAGGCCACACUUUCUAAUCCCUCUAAUUCUCAAACAGUUCCAUGCUCUAGUGACUUGAGCAUUCAAACAUUGGAGGCCAUGGGGACCAUUCUCAUUCAGACCAGCACAGCUCACACCCCACCACUCUUCUGUGACCCUGGAGAAGUCUCUCUUCAUCCUCAGGUUUCUUCUCUCUGUGUGGAAGACAACCUUUUGCUAUGAACUUGGGCAUAAGGUCUCUCUCUGCCCCAAACUGUCUGUAUGGAAGGCUUGGUCCUCGGUUGAUGAUCGAUUGAGAAGUGACUGGAGGGGGUUGGGGAUUUGGCUCAGUGGUAGAGCGCUUACCUAGGAAGCGCAAGGUCCUGGGUUCGGUCCCCAGCCCCGGAAAAAAAAAAAAAAGGAAAAAAAAAAAAAAAGAGAAGUGACUGGAUUGUGAAGUGCUAAAUUCACCACUGAAUUCAUAGCAAAGUUACUACUAGGUGGUACCUUCUUGAAGGGUCACUGCCUUUGAAGAUAUAGUACUACUUUGUCCCUGUCCCACCCACUCCCCUCUACCCACCAUGAUUGGUUCUUUACAUUUGUCCCAGGCCCAAAGCAGACAUCUGACUGGACAGAAACCUUUGACAUGAUCCAAACGCAAUCAUCCUCUCCUGUUGUUACUGAAAGGGUUCAGAUUUGGGGAGUAUGCUGGCUAGUUUUAUAUCAACCUGAUAAAAACUAGUCAGAGAGGAGGGAGCCUCAAUUGUAAAAAUGCUUCCAUAUGACUGGGCUGUUGGUAAGUAAGCCAGUUUAGUGAUCCAGGUAGGAGGGUCUGGACCCAUUGUGGGUGAUGACACCCUGAGCUGGUGGUCCUGGGUUCUAUAAGAAAGCAGGCUGAAUAUUCAGAUGAGCUUCUGCUUCUGUUGAAAAGGAUGCUGUGUUUGAUUGUGGUCCGAAGCUUUGAAGCACUACUUGGCAUCUCCUUCCUUGGAGGUCUCACUGUUUUAACAUAACAGAUUUGAUAGCUUGUUGGUAAGGUGAGGUCCAGCUUGUCUCCACUAGGUCAUCUUCAUGUGAAUCCGGUGGUUAUACGGUUUUGUUCUAGGGAUAUUUCAUUUUUUUAAUAACGGUUUUAGCUGACAUUCAUGGAGAGAAUGAAUCCUUAGAACUGUGCCACUAGUGAAAGGAAAUCCUGUCUAGAGUAUGUUUCUUUACAAAGCUGUGUCACACCAUCCUUUGGGCCCUCUGCUGGAAAAGUAGAAUCAAGUCUCAAAUAAUGCCUUUUAAAUUGUAUCCUCUAGUAUUGUAGAUGUAGGACAGUACUGUAUCAUACCUCUGUGGAUGUAAAAUAGCUUGUACCUGCUUUAUGAUACGUAGUAGUGACCGUGCUUUAUCAGAGAUGUUUUUAAUGAUGUUGCUCAGAAUGUUUUCUUUCCAGAUGAUGAUUGAGAAGCUAAUUUAAAAAAAAAUGGUGCCAGGUACCACAAGAGUAACAGAACUGUGCUGUUUCUCGGGUUUUGUUUUUUUACUUUUUUUUUUUUAAUGGAGUGUGCUGGAUGUCUCUACAGUUUUGUUCAGAUGACUGCAGAACCUGGAAAAGCUGUUGCUGCUGUUGAUGCAUAACACACUGCUAUUAUUGGUCUUUUUAUAUAAAUAUAAAUAUAUAUAUACAGAUAUAUAAUUUGAAUUUUUUGAAACUUUACCUGUGCUGUCAACUUUCGAAAAAAGCAUCCCUGUUUACUGUGUUGAGUUGGCACUGUACAGAAAUUAACAGCCAUAUUGGUCUAGAAAUGUUGAACUUAAGUUUUUUCCAUUUGUACAGGGGUAACACACUGUAUUAAAUAUGUAAGGUCUUAUAUACGUGGGUUUGAUUACAAAAACUAAUAAAGUAUUCUCUAAAUUAAAAAAAAAAAUAAAAGAAAGCAGGCUGAGCAAGCCAGGAGGAGCAAGUGAGUAAGCAGCCCCCCUCCACGGCCUCUGCAUCAGCUCCUGCAUUCAAGUUCCCGCCUUGGUUGAGUCCUGUCUUCAUUUCCUUUGAAGAGGAACCUGAUAAGGAAGAGAAACAAAAUAAACUCUCUCCUUCUCAAGUUGCUCUUGGUCAUAAUAUUAAAUCACAGCAAAAAAAAAAAAAAAAAAAAUCCCCAAACAGGGUUCAAAGGCCAUAUUGAAGUUGAUUUUUCUUUGUAAAAUAAACUUACUAGAAGAAUAUUAAUGAAUAGACAGCAACAUGGCAGGGCACUGAGGGAACAGCAAUCUCAAACCUUUUGGUUACCUCAAAUAUUUUGCCAGUAACCACAACAACAAUUAAAAACAAACAAACAAAAACAAAAAUCCCCAAUAUCUUAGAUAUAUUUCUAUUGCUGUGAAGAGACCCCAUGACCAAGGCGAUUUAUAAAAGAAAAAAAUUAGGGGCUGGGGAUUUAGCUCAGUGGUAGAGCGCUUACCUAGGAAGCGCAAGGUCCUGGGUUCGGUCCCCAGCUCCGAAAAAAAAGAACCAAAAAAAAAAAAAAAAAAAAAAAAAGAAAGAAAAAAAUUAUUCAGGCUCAUGGUUCCAGAAGGUUGAGUCCAUGUUCAUCAUGGCCAGGAGCCUGGCAGCAGGCAGGAAGGCAUGAAGCUAGCCCAGUAGCUAAGAACAUACGUACAUCCUCAUCUACAAGUCAAAGGCGGAAAGAGUUAACUAGGAAUGGGGUGAGCUUCUGAAACCUCAAAGCACACCUCCCAGUGACACACCUCUUCCAACAAGGCCAUAAUCCCUAACCCCUCCCAAACAGUCCUACCAUUUGGAAAAAAGCACUCAAAUGUAAGGGGGUGGGUGUUCUCAUUUAACCCCUCCUCCUGUGCUUUAAGAGGUGCUGGGCAUGGCGAUAUGCGUUGAUAAUUCUGAUGCUCAGAAGGCAGGAGUUCCAGGCCGGUGUGAUUACACAAUGACACACUGACAUGCCCAUAGUGCCUGGUACAGUUCCUCCUCUUCCUUCUGGGUUUCUCAACUGUCCACUUUAACAUCCUUGGGUGAGAGCAGCUGUCUUCACUGCUUUCAGAAUUUUUUUCCAACAACACGCUCUGCUGAGAACCCUGGACUGGUGGUCAGGAAAGCAGGGUUUGAACUCGGCUUAGUGGCUCAUGCCUUAUAAUUCAGGCUGUUGUCAGGAGAGGCAGGAGUAUUAGGAGGUUGGGUCAGCCUUGGCUAAGCAGCAAGUUCAAGGCCAACCUAGGUCUCAUUAGUGUGUGUGUGCAAGCACCUUUUUAAUUGGCUUAAUCUCUGUUCUUGAAGUUGUACAUGCAUGCAUGUCUGUGUUGAGGUAUGCAAAGUGACUGUACAUGCAUGCAUGUCUGUGUUGAGGUAUGCAAAGUGACUGCAGCUGUCCAGGAAGGGCCAGAAGAGGAUCCCCCUAGAGCUGAGUUACUGGUAGCUGUGACCACCAGAAGUGGCCGCAGGAACUGUCUAUGCCAUUAAUCACUGAGCCCCCUCUCCUGCAGACCUAGUUUCCCAAACCCAACACAACAGAGGUGGGAAGCAGAGGGUGAACCAAGGAAACCAGCCACCAAGAGAACCUGAGCCAUCUUUGUCUGUCUUGGCCCUGCUCUUUUCUGCUCCAUGAUCAGGCUGCUAACACCCACACCAGGAUAUUCUGGAAUCCUGUCAUCAGGUUAGGGUUGGAAUUGGGUAGCCUGACGUAGGUGACUUGGACAGAGAAAGAAGGCACCUAUAGAAGUGUUAAAACCAGCCUGCCAUGAAGCUAGCCUGAACACAAGUCUCGGGGAUUGUUCUAGAGGCCUGGUAAUGCUGGGUGGGAAGGAGGGUCAGACAGACAGAACACAGACCUCCUGGCCUAUUUCUACAAAAGAGGAAACACGAGGAAGGGAGGACUUUUUGUGACAAGAUCGUAGGAGCCCUCGUGUCCAGGUGCUGGCAAUUAACUCAAAGCAGCUGUCUUUUUCACUACAUUGCUUUUUCUUCUCUCCUCCUCCUCUUUUUUUUUUUUUUUUAAAGACACGGUUUCUUUAUGUAGCCUUGGCUGUCCUGGAACUAGCUCUGUAGACCAGGCUGGCUUUGAACUCACAGAGAUCCAUCUGUUUCUGCCUCUCCAGUUCUGGGUUUAAAGGUGUGUGCCACUAUUCCCUGGCUCUUAUUCCUUUCUUUUGGUUGUUUUGUUUUGAGAUAGGGUCCCAGAGCAGGUUGGCCUCGAAGUCACAAAAUCUGCCUGCCUCUGCUUCCCAAGUGCUAGGACUUAAAUAGCAUGCACCAGCACUGUCCGGCUUUAAGCAUUUAUUUAUUGUUAUGUCUGUGAGGGCACACAUGCGACAAAAAGCAUGUGGAGGUGGGAGGACAGCCUGGAAGAGACUGUUCUCUCCUUUUACCAUGCGGAUUCUGGGAAAAACUCACUACGUAGCCCCAGCUGGUCUAUGUGAACUCAAAUGAGGUUAGCCUGCCUCUCCCGAGUGCUGGAUUAAAAGUCUAAGCCACCACAGUGGGCCCAAGAACUGCAGGCUUCUAAAAAUACCUAAUACUGCGCACGUGUGUAUGCUAAGAAUCGAACCCAGGGCCUCAUGUUUGCCACUGAGCUAAUUCCCCAACUUCUAAACACACCUACACUAUCUACAAUGACCAGAGGACAGCUGGGUGUCUGAACCUACAGUCCUAAUAAUGUUAAAAAAUACAUGGGUUGGGGAUUUAGCUCAGUGGUAAAGCGCUUGCCUAGGAAGCGCAAGGCCCUGGGUUCGGUCCCCAGCUCCGAAAAAAAGAAAAAAAAAAAAUACAGCUCGAAGUGCACCAUGGUCCAAGCAUUAAAUCUCCAAAACUCCCUGACCUCCCUAUCUGCCAAGUCGCCUUAGCUGUGACUCCGGAUCAGCCUUUCCUGUCCUCAAAUCUGUUUUCCCAUCUGUAUACGCUCCCUCCCCACGGUACAGCAAACCUAACCCCGGAGGACCCGAUCCGGAUCGAGAGGACCUUUAAGCUAUAGGUGAAAAGCCAAGAAAAACACUGACGUCUCCUCCCCUCUGAACGCCUCUAAGCCAUCCUAGGUCGCUGCGGUUCCCUAAGCGACCCCUGGAGGUGUGGCUAGACGCUGGAGGCCACGCCCACGAGAGCUCGGAGCCUCCGCCGCGCCUCGUCCUGGGAGCCUAGGAUGGGACCUGCGUGACGUCACUCCACUUCCCGUGUAGCCAUCCGCCACGAGAGAAAGUAGUCCCCGGGCCCAGCUGACCGCAGCCCCAAUACUAGGCAACGUACAAACUUCUAGAGUCCUUUUGGGCCCGACGACGGUUCUGAGUCCUCUGAGAGACCUUCUGAAACUCCGCAAAUCUGCCUUUCCCCGGGGGGCGGCGGCGGAAGUAGUUCCGGUUCGAGGGAGGCUGAUGGGUUCCUCCGCGACGGGGGUGAGAGGAUGGCGACCUCGUCGAUGCCGGAGUCGGAGAGCGACACAGCAGCCAGAGGCUCAGAGUGAAAGCCUCAUACCCUGCGCUUCGCUGUCAAUCGGUCCCCAGAACCAAUGGAGGAGAACGAGGUGGAGAGCAGUAGCGACGCGGCCCCUCGGCCUGGCCAGCCGGAGGAGCCUUCUGAGAGCGGCCUGGGUGUGGGCACCUCGGAAGCUGUGUCCGCGGACAGUACGGACGCUGCGACCGCCCCAGGAUUAACGGAGGCCGAUGACUCUGGAGUGGGGCAGAGCUCAGACAGUGGCAGCCGCUCUGUGGAGGAGGUAUCCGAGAGCAUUUCAACAGAGCCCUUGCCUCAGGGCUACCUCCCUGAUUCAUCUUCUGUGUCCCGGGGACCAGUGGCAGAAGUGCCAGGUGGCCCCCCAGCCCUGGUGCAUUCCAGUGCUCUCCCAGACCCCAGCAUGCUGGUGUCUGACUGCACAGCUUCCUCUUCAGACCUAGGCUCCGCCAUUGACAAGAUCAUUGAAUCUACCAUUGGCCCGGACCUCAUCCAGAGCUGCAUCACUGUGACCAGUGGUGAAGAGGGAGGAGCUGAGACCACACAGUACCUGAUCCUGCAGGGCCCAGAUGAUGGUGCUCCCAUGGCGUCAUCAAUGUCUACUUCCACCUUGGCCAACAGUCUGGCAGCCAUUGAAGCCCUGGCUGAUGGUCCCACAUCCACAUCUACUUGCCUGGAGCCUGCUGAGCAGCCACCGGGAGAGCCUAGUUCUCUAGCACAGCCCCCAGCACCUGUUGUCGAGGAGCUGGACCUGCAGGGCCUGGAGGCCAUGAUGGAGGUGGUGGUUGUGCAGCAGUUCAAGUGCAAGAUGUGCCAGUACCGGAGCAGCACCAAGGCCACCCUGCUCCGCCACAUGCGGGAGCGGCACUUCCGCCCAGCAGCACUAGCAGUAGCAGCAGCAGCAGCUGGUAAAAGGGGACGUGUACGGAAGUGGGGCACUUCCACCAAGACUACAGAGGAGGAGGGGCCGGAGGAAGAGGAGGAGGACGACGACAUUGUGGAUGCUGGGGCAAUUGAUGAUCUGGAGGAGGACAGUGACUACAACCCAGCUGAGGAUGAGCCCCGGGGCCGGCAGCUACGGCUUCAGCGUCCCACACCGAGUACCCUGAGACCUCGACGGAGGCCUGGCCGGCCCCGAAAGUUGCCUCGCCUAGAGACCUCAGACCUCCAUGAUGGCAUAGGAGAGCCGCUAGUGAGUUCGCAGAGCACACAGAGCCCUCCAGAGCUUCAGGAUCUCGAGGCUCCCAGCUCCUCCGACCUAAGGGCCCUGGGCAAAGUGGGGAGAGGCCUGGUGGAAACUGGUGUGAGUCAGUCAGAUGCUGAGAAUGCAGCCCCGUCUUGCCAGGAUGAAGCUGAUGUCCCACCCCGCCGCCGUGGAAGACCUUCCAGGCGGUUCCUAGGGAAGAAAUACCGAAAGUACUACUACAAGUCGCCCAAGCCACUGCUCAGGCCUUACCUGUGCCGCAUAUGUGGCUCACGAUUCCUGUCCCAUGAAGACCUUCGCUUCCAUGUCAACUCCCAUGAGGCUGGUGACCCACAGCUCUUUAAGUGCCUACAAUGUAGCUACCGCUCCCGCCGCUGGUCCUCACUGAAGGAGCACAUGUUCAACCACGUGGGCAGCAAACCCUACAAGUGUGACGAAUGCAGCUACACCAGUGUCUACCGCAAGGAUGUUAUUCGGCAUGCGGCCGUGCACAGCCAGGACCGAAAGAAGAGGCCGGAUCCGACCCCAAAGCUGAGCUCUUUCCCUUGCCCAGUGUGUGGCCGUGUAUACCCCAUGCAGAAGAGACUAACACAGCACAUGAAGACUCACAGUACGGAGAAGCCACACAUGUGCGAUAAGUGUGGAAAGUCCUUUAAGAAGCGGUACACCUUCAAAAUGCACUUGCUCACACACAUCCAGGCUGUUGCCAACCGCAGAUUCAAGUGUGAGUUCUGCGAGUUUGUUUGUGAGGACAAGAAAGCACUGUUGAACCACCAGCUGUCCCAUGUUAGCGACAAGCCCUUCAAAUGCAGCUUUUGUCCCUAUCGCACCUUCCGUGAGGACUUCCUGCUGUCUCAUGUGGCUGUGAAGCACACAGGAGCCAAGCCCUUCGCCUGUGAGUACUGCCACUUCAGCACUCGCCACAAGAAGAACCUGCGCCUGCAUGUACGGUGCCGACAUGCGAACAGCUUUGAGGAGUGGGGACGGCGCCACCCUGAGGAGCCUCCAUCCCGUCGCCGCCCCUUCUUCUCUCUGCAACAGAUAGAAGAGCUGAAGCAGCAGCACAGUGCGGCCCCUGGCCCUCCCCUCAGCUCAGCAGGCCCCGAGGCCCCCCAAGAACCAGCACCUUUCCAGCCACCUGAGACUCCCCCACUACUCUGUCCUGAUGCCCUAGGUGGUGCCACAAUCAUCUACCAGCAAGGCGCUGAGGAGUCCACUGCAAUGGCCACUCAGACAGCCUUGGAUCUACUGUUGAACAUGAGCGCCCAACGAGAGCUGGGGGCCACAGCCUUGCAGGUGGCUGUGGUGAAGUCAGAGGACGUGGAGGCAGAGUUGACAUCUACUGCUAGGCAGCCUUCCUCUGAAGACACCACUCCACGGGUGGUGACACUUCAUGUGGCAGAGUCAGGGAGCAGUGUGGCAGCUGAGAGCCAGCUAGGCCCGUCUGACCUACAGCAGAUUGCCUUGCCACCUGGGCCAUUCAGUGGGGCCAGCUACAGUGUCAUCACAGCACCCCCCGUGGAGGGGAGGGCAUCAGCUUCCGGCCCACCUUACAGGGAAGAACCUCCAGGAGAGGCAGCCCAGGCUGUGGUUGUGAACGACACUCUCAAGGAAGCUGGCACCCACUAUAUCAUGGCAGCUGAUGGGACCCAGUUGCACCACAUUGAGCUGACUGCAGAUGGCUCCAUCUCCUUCCCAAGCCCAGAUACUCUGGCCCCUGGAACCAAGUGGCCCCUGCUGCAGUGUGGAGGGCCACCUAGAGAUGGUCCUGAGGUUCUGUCUCCAACGAAGACCCACCAUACGGGAGGCUCCCAGGGCUCUUCCACCCCACCCCCUGCAACCAGCCAUGCCCUAGGCCUGCUAGUACCCCACUCCCCACCGUCUGCAGCAGCUUCAUCAACAAAGAAGUUCUCCUGCAAGGUGUGCUCAGAGGCCUUCCCUAGCCGUGCAGAGAUGGAGAGUCACAAGCGGGCCCAUGCUGGGCCUGCUGCCUUCAAGUGCCCUGACUGCCCCUUCAGUGCUCGCCAAUGGCCCGAGGUCCGGGCUCACAUGGCACAGCACUCCAGUCUGAGGCCCCACCAGUGCAAUCAGUGUAGCUUCGCCUCCAAGAACAAGAAGGACCUCAGGCGGCACAUGCUGACACACACCAAUGAGAAGCCUUUCUCAUGCCACGUCUGUGGGCAGCGUUUCAACAGGAACGGGCACCUCAAAUUCCACAUCCAGCGGCUACAUAGCAUCGAUGGUAGAAAGACUGGGACUUCUACAGCCCGAGCCCCAGCCCAGACCAUCAUCCUCAAUAGUGAAGAGGAGACACUGGCCACACUGCACACUGCCUUCCAGUCGAAUCACGGGACUCUGGGGACAGAGAGGCUACAGCAGGCACUGAGCCAGGAGCAUAUCAUUGUGGCCCAGGAACAGACAGUGGCCAAUCAGGAGGAAGCUACCUACAUCCAGGAAAUCACGGCAGAUGGCCAGACGGUACAGCAUCUGGUGACCUCAGACAACCAGGUUCAGUAUAUCAUCUCUCAGGAUGGUGUCCAGCACUUGCUGCCUCAGGAGUACGUUGUGGUCCCUGAUGGCCAUCACAUCCAGGUCCAGGAGGGCCAGAUCACACACAUCCAGUAUGAGCAGGGCACCCCAUUCCUACAGGAGUCCCAGAUCCAGUAUGUACCUGUAUCCCCCAGCCAGCAGCUUGUCACCCAGGCUCAGCUUGAAGCUGCAGCACAUUCUGCUGUUACAGCAGUGGCUGAUGCUGCCAUGGCCCAAGCCCAGGGCCUGUUUGGCACUGAGGAGGCAGUGCCGGAACACAUUCAACAGCUGCAGCAUCAGGGCAUCGAGUACGACGUCAUCACCCUCUCGGAUGACUGAGCCUCAAAGGCCCAACGCUGAUCGUGGAUAUCGGGGCCAGCUCUCCUGGAGACUAGGGACUUUCCUGUCCUACUUAGGGCCUCCAGAUACUGGACAGUUAGUGUCCCUUGACUCCAAAGGAGCCAGACCUGUGCUCUUGGGGGGCAGCCAAGGGCUCCAGCCAGGACAUGCUGGGUGUGUCAGCCUGCUGGCAGGCUUUGGGAGAGAAAUUUAUUUUUGUUUUGAUGGACCCACUGGCUCCUGUCUCAAUAAAGGGACCAGAGUCCAGCUCUUGCA